GCACAUUUGUCAGUGGUCAGUGCAGGAAGAUGCUUCCCCCCAGCUCUCUGUGCAGUGUAUUGCUGUUUGUGGUUACAUGUCUCAGCUACGGCGUGUUUUGUUCACGGGAAACAUUGAUUGACUAUCGCAGACCCAUCACAGUUCAGAUAACUUGCUGUACUGCAGUGUCAACGGCAAAGCUCAAAUUUCCCAUAAUAAGUUACAAGAUUCAGUCUGCAGCUAAUCGCUGUGUCAAUGCCAUCAUAUUCCGCACCGAGGGUAAUGGAUCCUUCUGUGCCAACCCGAAAACCAAAUGGGUGCAGAAAAAAGUGAAGGAGCUGAGCGGAGGAACUGUCCAGCUACCGGCAGGCAAAAAGGGUAACAAAGGUGCCAAGGGAGGAAAACGAGGGAAAGCUGGAAGAAAGCAGAACAACAAGAACAAAAAGAAAACAAAAAAUAACAAAAAGCUGCCUGUGACGUCCCCCUGGUUUCCGUCCACAGCAGCAACCACUUUUCAAACAGUCUCAUAAGAGAAUGACAUGCAAGAAUUUUCUGCACUAGGACACAGCUGGACUGCCCCCUACAGACUCUUCUCAAACAAUGCCUCAGCUUUUACAAGACAGUUCUAUAUUUAUGUGUUUUUAUGUGUUUUUUUUAUUAAGAUA